GGUGGGUCUCCAUGACAACCACAGCUGGCCUGUCUCCAGGUUUCACAGGGAGCCCUGUCUCAGCUCUGGGGACCUACACACUCCACAAACACCAGCCCAGCUGGGUCCCUCCUCCAGUUGGUGGCUCCAGUACAACUUCUCAGUGAGGAAGAGCAGAAAGCACAGGAGGCAGCCAGCAGUGGACGAGGCAGAAGGAGGCUGAAGAUGGAGAUCACCCUUCAACUUCUGCUGGUUUGCCGCUCAACGUUUUACUUUCCCUAGAAAAGAUCAAGGCUCUCUUCUAGAGUGUGAAGCAGAAAACAGGAGCCCUGAAGUGAAGGAGGUGGACCUCAGUAGGGCCUGGGGGGCCAUGUCCCUCAUCCCGUGGCUCCGGUGGAAUGACACCUCUCCCCGGCUCUCGGCCCGGAGCCCAGCUGAGACGGUGCUGGAGACACUAAUGAUGGAGCUGGCUGGGCAGCUGAGAGAGGUGGAGCGGCAACAGAGGGAGCGUCGCAGUGCCGUCAGGAAGAUCUGCACCGGUGUGGACUACAGCUGGCUGGCCAGCACGCCCAGGCCCACCUAUGACAUCAGCCCUGGUGAGCGGCUGCAGCUGGAGGAUGUGUGUGCCAAGAUCCACCCAUCCUACUGUGGGCCUGCCAUCCUCAGGUUCCGACAGCUGCUGGCUGAGCGAGAGCCCGAGGUGCAGGAGGUGGCGCGGCUAUUCCGCUCCGUGUUGCAGGAGGCCCUGGAGAAGAUGAAGCAGGAGGAGGAGGCCCAUAGGCUGACACGUCAGUGGAGCUUGAGGCCCCGCGGCAGCCUGUCAUCCUUCAAGACCCGUGCUCGCAUCGCGCCCUUUGCCAGUGACAUCCGGACCAUUUCGGAGGACGUGGAGCGUGAUGCACCACCCCCGCAGCGGACCUGGAGCAUGCCGGAGUUCAGGGCACCCCAGGCCGACUGACCACUCGAGACAAUCACCCUCAGGAGGGAAUGACGGGCUGGUGGCUCUUGUCACCAGUGCUGGAACCUCCCCACCUGCCCCAACCAGGAGACCAUCAAGCAGCACUGCUAGACCAGGGAGCCAACUACCCAGUGAGCACACCUGCCUGGCUACAGGACAGAGUCAGGACUUUAGCUCCGUUUCUCCCCGAAAAGGUCUCCACUUCCCUGCCUGAUACAGAUACAAGGCCUGGCAUUGGAGCAGGCUCCUCCCCAUCUCCUCUGUCUGGAACAAGGAAGGAACCUGCAAGGCUGGCAUAUGCAUCCCAAUCUCCGGGAUGCCCCAUUCACCCUAUCCAUUCAGGGCGCCUUUACUGGUGACCAGAUGACAUUCACUGCAGGAGACCCACAGCCUCAGGCCCAGGACAGCUGGUGGGGUCCACAGAAGACUGUUCAGCCUAUUCUUCAGCUAGUGAGUGAAAAAAAAAACCGAGUCUCCCAAGGGUCUCCCUGCUUUUGCCUUAACUCUGAUCCCUCUGAUGGGGGAGUGUUCUUGCUUCUGAGUCCUUGAAGGCUGGACUAUGAUAGGGCAGGACCAGGUCCACGUCUCCAGCCACUGGGGCUGAGGCUGCUCUCCAAGAAAGGUAGCUGGGGGUAGGCAGGAUGAUCCUAACUCCCAUUGUUCGGUGUCAACACAUGGAGUGUGACCAGAGUAGUCUCCUGCAGCCUCAUGCUCUGAUGGUAUAUGAGCAGAUCACCUAUGAAAGAUCUGGAAAGCUAGGGGGCCCUCCUGCAAUCUGGGGUAGAAGUAGGGUUCAGGGGAGAGGGUGAGUAAAGUGUCUGUCCCCAGCACCCAGUGCAUACCCAGAGAACACAAGUGAAUCUUAUAGCCCAAAGAAAAUGCAAUGGGAAGAAAAUCACCAGGUACUGCAUGUAGUCUGGCUCAGUGAGAAGUCUGUGUCUAUUUUCCUCUGCCCUCUCCCCUCCCUCCCUCCCUCCCUCCUUUCCUCCUUCCCUCCCCUUGUCCAAGGCAGGGUCUCACUAUUUUAGCUGCUUCGGCCUCUUGAGUACAGAUGUUCUUUUUGAAUGAUGUGGCUUUGGGUUGCUUUGCUGGAAUCUGACAGAACGGCACAUUCCUCUAUCCACCACUGCCUGGAUGAAGGAGCUGACUGGCUCAUUAGUGUAUCUCUUCUAAAUAAAGACAUCUUAAACAUA